GGUGCAGUGAGGGGAGAGCUUGGAGAGUCGUGGACUUCCAGGUGACAGAAGAAGGACCAGGCAGAGGAGAAUGAGGUGACAGGACAAGAAGGCUCAGGAGACAGAGGAGAAUCCCCCCUGCUCCCAGCGCCAGGCACUCUCUGCCAAUCUGUGCUGGGAGCCCUGGGCAGUGAAACCAACCCAAGGACCUGCAGGGCGGCUCCCUAAAGCACCGGCGGCGAUGCUGAAGGCUGCGAUGUCGCUGGCGGCGGGGAGCCACGGUGCGGUGUCGGCCAGCGAGGUGCUGCUGGUGGCUGCCGCGUUCUGCCUGGUGUUCCUGCUGCUCCAGCGGCUGCAGCAGCAGCAGCCCGUGCCCAAGGGGCUGCAGAGGCCGCCGGGCCCCCGAGGGUAUCCCAUGGUGGGGAACUUGCUGGAGCUGCGCAAGGACACGCACCUGGCGCUGACGCGGCUGAGCCGGCAGUACGGGGACGUGAUGGAGGUGCGGAUCGGCACGCGGCCCGUGCUGGUGCUCAGCGGGCUGGACACCAUCAGGCAAGCCCUGGUCAAGCAAGGAGAGGACUUCAUGGGCCGCCCGGACCUCUACAGCUUCCGCUUUGUCACGGACGGGCAGAGCCUGACGUUCAGCCCCGACUCCGGGGAGGUGUGGAAAGCGCGCAGGAAGCUGGCCCAGAGCGCCCUGAAGAGCUUCUCCAUCGCCCCCAGCCCCACCUCGUCCUCCACCUGCCUGCUGGAGGAGCACGUGUCCAAGGAGGCCGAGUACCUGGUCACCAAGUUCCUGCAGCUGAUGGAGGAGGAGAAGAGGUUUGACCCCCACCGGUACCUGGUGGUGUCGGUGGCCAAUGUCGUCUGUGCCAUGUGCUUCGGCAAGCGCUACGAGCACGACGACCAGGAGCUGCUCAGCCUGGUGAAUUCAGCUCAGGACUUCACUGAUGUGGCUGCUGCUGGCAACCCUGCUGACUUCAUCCCCCUGCUCCAGUACCUCCCCAGCUGCAGCAUGAAAUUGUUUAUAGACUUCAACAGGUACUUGCUCAGCUUCCUGCAGAAGAGGGUCAAGGAGCACUACGAGACCUAUGACGAGAACAACAUCCGGGACAUCACCGACUCCCUCAUUCAGCAGUGCCUGGACAAAAAAGUGGAAACGAACGCGGCCAUGCAGAUCCCUAAGAAGAAGAUUGUCAACCUCGUGAAUGACCUCUUUGGAGCAGGCUUCGACACUGUGACCACAGCCCUGUCCUGGAGCCUCAUGUAUCUCGUGACGGACCCCAGCAUCCAGAAGAGGAUCCAGGAAGAGCUCGACCAGACCAUCGGGCGGGAGAGGCGGCCGCGGCUGUCGGACCGGGGCGCGCUGCCCUACACAGAAGCCUUUAUCCUGGAGAUGUUCAGGCAUUCCUCCUUCGUGCCCUUCGCCAUCCCACACAGCACGACCCAGGACACGGUGUUGAACGGGUUCUACAUCCCAAAGGGUCGCUGCGUGUUCAUCAACCAGUGGCAAGUGAACCACGACGAGAAGCUUUGGAAAGACCCAGAAACCUUCAAUCCUGAGCGUUUCCUCAGUGCUGACGGGACCAAGGUGAACAAAGAGGACGGGGAGAAGGUGCUGAUGUUCGGGCUGGGGAAGAGGAAGUGCAUCGGGGAGACCAUCGCCAGGUGGCAGGUGUUCCUCUUCCUGGCCACCCUGCUCCAGCAGCUGGAAUUCAGCGUCUGUGAGGGCACUGAGGUGGACAUGACCCCGCUCUAUGGCCUGGCCCUGAAGCACAAGAGGUGUGAGCACUUCCAGGUCAGGCAGCGCUUCCCCGUGAAGAGCAGGAGCUGAGCGGUGGGAGCAGACAUCUCCAGGGUGUCCUUGUGGCAGAGCUGGGUCUGGAACAAAUUUGUGGGGCCGAUGUAAUAAACUGAAACCAUCGGGA